CGGUGCAUUGGCCAAGUGUUUGGAUCACCCUCGAGGAGGCAACAACUCAACAUGAAAUUAUUCAUCGCGCUCUCUGUUCUCGUGGCUGUGGCAUCGGCCCUGCCUCAAUUUGGAAAUGGUAACGCCAACGCCAACGCAAAUGCCAAUGCGAAUGCCCAAGGCUUUGGAGGUGGUCCUGGAUUUGGCGGUGGCGGAUUCGGUGGUGGCCCAGGAUUCGGUGGCCAAGGAUUCGGUGGACGUCCAGGUGGAUUCGGUGGACGUCCUGGUGGUGGUCCUGGAUUUGGCGGUGGCGGAUUCGGUGGUGGCCCAGGAUUCGGUGGUCCAGGAUUCGGUGGUCCCGGAUUUGGUGGUCCCGGACUCGGCGGUGGACGUCCAGGUGGAAUCGGUGGAUUCGGUGGACGUCCAGCUGGCGGAUUUGGAGGCGGCGGCUCAUCUUCAGCCUCAGCCUCUUCCUCAGCUUCGGCGGGCGGUGGUGGCGGACGUGGUGGCGGUGGAUCCUCUUCUGCAUCGUCAUCCGCCUCUGCUUCUGGAGGCGGAGGAAGGUUCGGUGGUUAGAACUAAACUAUAGCCGCAAUUAAGCGUUAAGAAAUGACUGUGAAUAAGACAUUAAUAAAUUAAAAUUAAACAAGUA